AUGGAGGUGCUGAGACUGGCAGCACUUGCUGCUGCCGCUGUCGUGUGGGUCCUGGUCUUUGCCCAGACUGUGGUCUUUGUCGAGCGGGCUGUCGGAGAGCCCGCUGCUGUCGCUGCCGAAGACUGGCCGCUCUCGCUUGUCCCGGCCUGGAUUGUUCUGGUAAUGACCGGCGCUGCCACGGGGGCGGCUUCCUGGUGGUGGAUUCGAGCCGCCCGCGCUGCGCCCAAGCCCGCGGUUCCGCUGCCUGGAGAGCCCGAUCCGCAGCCGGCUGGCCUGCUUGCCCCGCGCCUGCCGCUCGCCUACGUCGCUGCUGCUCUCGCCAUCAACGACUGGCUCUGGCUGGCUGUUUCGACGGGCCUGCUCGUGCCUAUGCUCGACGCCCGUGCCGGUAUGACCUGGGCUCGUGUCGCCGCCCCGCAGUUUGUCGGCGCCCUGCUCGCCGCCGGCCUCGCUAUUCUCUGCCUACAGCCGUUUGCCUACGUCCUCCCAGUCAAGCUCCUCUGGCUAGUCAUCGUCGCCAUGCUCGUCGCUCGUGCUGACGAUGUCAACACCUGGCCAUACGAGGCCGUCUUUGCCCCCAUCUGGAUCACUCUUAUCCUCGCAACAGCACUUGUUGCCUACGCCGUCUUCCGCCUCCGCCGCGCUGCCGCCGCAGGCUCAGACGCCGCCACGCCCGAGUACGUCCCAUCGGACGCUGACACUGCUGCAGGCGCGGGCCCACUCUCUCCGGGCAAGGUCGUUUUUAGCCCAGCCCGGCCACAGCACUCGUCGUCGUCGCUCGGUGACUACGAGUACGAGUACGACGAGGAGCAGGCGCCCGGCCCGUCGCCGCCUGCCUCCUCGGCCGCUAAUUCCGCUCCUGCUGUCGCUGCCACGCCCCGCCAGCUCCCAACCUCUGCUGCAGAUCCCGACUACCAGUACGAGUACGAGUAUGAGGUGAGUGAGGGCGUCGAGGAGCAGGAAGAGCAGGAGGAGCUGGCCGCCGCAGCGCUUGCACAUCCCUCGCCGCCUGUCCUUGACCCUGUUGGUGUUGGUCUUGUCCUCGGCGUCUUUGCGGCAACCCUCAUUGCCUGGACCCUGUUCCUUGUCCUCAUUGCUGGCUGGCUCGACAACUCGUUCACGGUUAGCGGCGGUGCCAAGGGGGCCACCGUUCCGCUCUUCCUGUGGGAGCUGGCUAUGGCUGCGCUCUGCGCCGGCCUCUUUGUCGAGCAGCUGCUGGCCGACGCCGGUGACCGCGACUCGCUUGCUGAUCGGGCCUGGUGGGCAGUGCUUGCCCUGGUGGCACAGCUCCCGCUCCUCAGCACGGCUGCCACGGCCCGCUCUGCAUCCGGCAGCGGCACUGCGCGUGCUGCCGGCUCGGGCGGUGCCGCGCACGCAGACACGAUCCGCAAGCUCUCAGAGCAGGAGGCUGUCCUCCGCGACCACCUCGUCAACGGCACGGUCGGGACGGCAGAGCGCAAGAAGGCUGAGGCCCAGUUGCAGGAGCUGGCGGCGCGAAAGGCGGCGCUGAACGAAAACCCGUAUGCUGCAAGCCAACCACAUGCGGCUCUCCACGAGGAGCCGUUCUUUGUCGAGCUUGUUCGCGAGAAGAUGCGGCUCCAGCGCGAGCUUGUCGGCUUCCGUCUCGCCUUCCAGGCCCAGUACGGGCGUGACCUUGAGUCGCUCGCCGAUCGCGCGCCAGUCGAGUCCUCGUACCAACGCUAUCAGACCACCAAGCAGGCCAUCCGCGUCCUCGAACGCGAGUUUGCCAAGUUCCGUGACGGCGAGCCCAACAAGUACGAAGAGAUCCGGCUCCUCUAUGGCGCUGCACCAUAAAAGCUUCAAUGCCGCAA